AUGACGUUGAAACCUUCUAUUUACGAUAAUCCUAAUAGCCAAGUUAUUGUGACGGAAACUUCAAAUGAUUUGGUACACGUUAUAGGUCAAGGUAGAGAGCUUUUACAGGAUAAGCUAGGUAGUUGCAAUGAAUUUAUAAGAAGUGGCGUUGAUGGAUUCAUACGCUUCGAAGAUUGCGUUAAAACCCAAUCUAAUCAAAUUUUGGAUAAGAAUGAGCAGUUAUCACCAAAUAUCUUUUAUAUCGCAGUCGCCGGUCUCGGUGGUUCUAUUUUAGCCAGAAACUCGAACAUACUGAUGAGAUUAUCAUUACCACCUACAGCUGCUUUAGCUACGUCAUAUCAAUUACUCCCACAAUCAACUUCAAACGGUUUCAACAAGCUAACUUCCAUCGAGGAAUCUAAAUUCCCUCAACUACACAAUCAAAGACUUGAACUGAAAAAGUUCAUCUCAAAUAGCUUUAUUGACACCAAAAACACUUUCAGCGGUUGGAAUGACCUUGUUCAACAAAACACAAACAAAGGGUUUGAUAAGAUUCAAGAAAUGACUGGAUUUAGAGUUGGUAAUUAG